AUGCCUUCAGUUCUGAAAAUGCUUGAUAAGGCUAGUGAGCCAGUGAGGAACUAUGAUGUUGCUCAGGCAGAUGUAUGGGAGUUUGAGAUGGACCAUUUGUCAAAUGGGGAGUUAUAUGUUGUGAAUUUAGAGACAAAAACAUGUGGUUGCUUUACAUGGGACUUGUUGGGGAUCCCCUGUUAUCAUGCUUUGGCAUGUAUUGUGAGGCAAAGGCUUAAUGUUGAGGUUUAUGUGCAUCAGGCUUACCAUGUGUCCACAUACUCUAGGACAUAUGCCCCUGCAUUUUACCCCAUGCCUGGACAAAAUCAAUGGCCUAAGACUAACUUCCAACCACCUUUACCCCCACCUUUUAGAAAAAUGCCAGGAAGACCUAAGCUUAAAAAGAGAAUAAAAGAGCCAGGUGAAGGUGAAGGCCAAGAGAGGGGAAAGUUUAAUUGUGGUGGUUUGGGUCAUUACAAGAACAAGUGUAAGAAUCCACCCAAACCACCAGAAGCUCCAAAAGGCAAUACUGGAAGACCAAGGAAAGAUCCAUCUGCUCCACCUGCCAAGAAGCAAAGAACAACUCCAAAUUAG